CAGGAGCGAAAACACUCUCUCGGAAGCAUAAUAGACGAAGAAGAAGAUAACGAGAUUUACUGCUUCUCCCGACUCAGUCCGCCACCCAACUCACUCAACUCGCCGUCGUCACCGCCGCUCCACAGCUGAGCUCACGCCGGAUCCCGCACGAACUCCGGCGGAACUCGAAGACGAUGAUCGCGCUCUCAGCUUCGAAGUUCGCUCCAGCUCCCGCCGCCAAUCCCUCCACGAGCUCCUCCUCUUCUCCAUCUCCGAAACCUCCAUCGGCUUCCUUCUCCUCCAACCCGCUCAAUUCGUCUCCACCUUCGCGCUUGCGUAUCCGCUCCGGGAGGCUCAGGACCCUGACGGGGACCUUCUCGAAACCGUCGCCGGAGGAGGCGGAGCUCUCUGCGCCGGAGGAGGACGAGUGGCUCAAGCGGCUCCCGGACAAGACCAAGCCGCUCUACUCCCACAGCUUGCCUUGCAUCGAGGCCUGGUUGAGGAACCUAGGGUUCUUUCAGAGCAGGGAGGACCGUGCCGUUUGGUUGAUUGAGCUUCCCGAGUGGCACGGGCAGCUCUCGCUUGACGUCACCGACCUUUAUAUAAGGUUAUAGAGAAAUUGAUUACCUGGAUGAGAGGGUGCCUUUUAGCCUAAAGUUUGAUCUCACGAAGGUUUGUGCAUUCCCAGCUGCCCAAUCAGUAAGAAGACAGGAUCCUGAACAGAGAACAAGAAGGAUUGUCCCGUGAGAAACAAACAAAAAGUGAACAAGAGAAGUAAAAAAGACGUUAUUACAACUCAUUAGCCACUAGAUAAACCAAAUUGCCUUAGAAAUUGCGAGUUGCUCUUCAUUUCUUAAACCGGCAUCAAGAGACAUUGAGACUGGCCUUCUGUCCUGAGAUGGUGAUAUGUGGCUUGUCACUUGGACAAUAUUUAUUUGCUCAAGGCAUUUGGUUGUUUGAACUGCACAGUAUUACUUAGCAGGCAGUCCUCUCUUCUCUUCUGAAUAUUUCGUCCAGAGUAAUGGCAGUAGAUUUGUAAGAACCGAAAAUGGUGUUUGGCUCUCAAUAAUUUAAAUGGGUUGCUUGAAAUAACUUCCAUGGAAGAAUAUUAGAUCUUGUAAAAUGGUUGAUCAGUUCUUUUCUAGUCAGGCUCUUCACAUUCGUAAUUCUCGCUGAGUUCACAUGACCUAAUUGGAUAUAGUUCCUCAGUGAUAUUUCCUCUGUCCUCCGCUAAUAGAAUGUAUGUUUAUAUCACAUCUUAGCAUAUACAUCUGAGGAACAUGGCUACUGAAUACACCCUCCCUCUUGGGUGUUUCUGGUCAUGCUUUCUGGUGCACUCCAGAUAAAUGAAACUUUAAAAGAGAUAGACAACAUAGGCAGUGAGAAAGGGAGUGCUUUUCUGAUGCAUGAAAAAGGAACCUUAACUUUCAAUCACUUCUAGACUAUUUUUUCCCUUCUUUAUCAAGAUUAGAGAGAAAAGGAGCUAUUUUUUGCUCCGGAAUUGAGAAGGUGUCCAAUGUAACAAGGGUAUCAUGUAGCCUGCUGAUAUCGGAUAAUCUAUUGAUCAUGCGGUGUGCAGAUUACAGGAUGUACCAUGAUAGCAUGGCACGUGGUACAAGUGUUACAUGAUAUAAUUGGUGAUGCAUUUUGUUUUGAAUACAGUUCUUUCUUUUGGCUUUAUUAAUAUGAAAUAGGUUAGAAGCCUUGUGUGUCACUGCAUUUAACAGAUGAUCGAUUUUCCUUAAACCUCCACGAUGCCCUAGUUUCCUUAUAGUCAGAACUUCAUAUUAUAUGUGCAGAUACCUGAAAAGUGGACCAGGAAACCUUGAGAAAGA